CCCCGCCCCGGCCCUGCGCCGCCGCCGCCUCCCGCAGCCGCCGCCAUGAAGCUGACCGACAGCGUGCUGCGGAGCUUCCGCGUCGCCAAGGUGUUCCGCGAGAACUCCGACAAGAUUAACUGCUUUGACUUCAGCCCCAACGGCGAGACGGUGAUCUCGAGCAGCGACGACGACUCCAUCGUGCUCUAUGACUGCCAGGAGGGCAAACCAAAGAGAACCUUGUACAGUAAGAAAUAUGGCGUGGAUCUCAUCAGAUAUACUCAUGCAGCAAACACAGUUGUUUACAGCUCAAACAAAAUAGACGAUACUAUUCGUUACCUGUCAUUGCAUGACAACAAAUAUAUCAGAUACUUUCCUGGACAUAGCAAAAGGGUGGUGGCCUUGUCUAUGUCACCUGUGGAUGACACUUUCAUUUCUGGGUCUCUAGAUAAGACCAUUCGACUCUGGGAUCUCCGGUCUCCUAACUGCCAGGGUCUGAUGCAUCUACAGGGCAAACCAGUUUGUUCUUUUGACCCAGAAGGGUUAAUUUUUGCUGCAGGUGUCAACUCUGAAAUGGUUAAACUUUAUGAUCUUCGUUCUUUUGAUAAGGGGCCAUUUGCAACCUUUAAGAUGCAGUACGAUCGGACUUGUGAAUGGACAGGACUUAAGUUCAGCAAUGAUGGCAAGCUCAUUCUUAUCUCCACCAAUGGCAGCUUCAUCCGUCUCAUUGAUGCAUUCAAGGGAGUGGUGAUGCAUACAUUUGGGGGUUAUGCCAACAGCAAAGCUGUCACGCUGGAGGCUUCAUUUACUCCUGACUCUCAGUUUAUUAUGAUUGGUUCAGAGGAUGGCAAGAUCCAUGUUUGGAAUGGAGAAAGUGGUAUAAAAGUUGCUGUGUUGGAUGGUAAACACACAGGCCCUAUCACCUGUUUGCAGUUCAACCCCAAGUUCAUGACUUUUGCCAGUGCAUGUUCCAACAUGGCUUUCUGGUUGCCCACCAUUGAUGACUGACCCUGAUGCAGUGUGGCUGUUUCUGUACAGUGAGGUACCCAGCAGGACAAAAACUCAGAGAGGACUGAGAUAAAAGUAGGAUUGAAUGAUUUGACUGGGCUGGAGAACAUCUUUUCACUUGGCCUUCCAUGGAUGUGCUGUACAGCUGCUCAAAAGAAAGAAAUUACUUUGCUGAGGUUCUUCAAAAGGACUCUUGGUGCAACAGACUCCUUGAGGCACAGCUUUUCCAGCUGUUACUGCACCAGGCUCCUCCAGAGGAGUGGCCAGACUCAUGAUGAGGACAUCGGGGGCUCUCGAGGCGCCUUCCAUUGUGAAUGUAUUUGCUGCUGAGGAGCUGGUGGAGUUGUCAAUUCUGCACAUCCCUUCUCCCACCCCCACAAAUGCAUGGGAAACCACAGUUCUGGUUUUGAGAUGCUAGGGCAGUUCAGUGCCCCUUCACCUCACCCUGCAUGUCUUGUUACUGGGUCUCCCUGUGUUAUUGUGGCAUUAUUCCACAACCAUCAUGUUUCUUAGGUGCCAAACAUGUACAGACUACAAGAAAUUCAUGUAUUUUGGAGUCAGAGAAAGGGACAGAUUGGAAAGCUGUGCUGUGUGAAGGUGGGUGGUCUAGGGAGACCUCAGGCUCUGGGUGUUGGGUAGGAAAGAACCCAAGAUCCUGAAAGGGAGGGAAGGGGGUAGGGCUGGAAGAUUUAACAGUGGGCUGGUGUAGUCCCCCAUCAAAGUGAACCCACAGUCAUCCUGGGUGCCUACUGAGCUGUUUGUACAAAAGCAAGGUAGUAGUCUAUUUUUGUACAUGAGCUAUGUCAGCUUUCCUGUGGGCCAGUAUUGUGGAGUGAGUCUGAGUUGUUUACACUGAUGCCUUCCCUGCUCAUCACAAAUUGUGUACAUAGUGUCCAGAGGAGACCACCCCUUGCCCCAGCUCCCAACCAAGAGCUGGUUCUAGGCCUGUGUUAUAUGUUAUAUUUAGCCUUUUUAUACAUGACCUUUGACUUCUGUUUGUAUUUUAGCACAGUGUGUGCACCUUCAUUUAAAUCUAUCUGUGCACAUACAUGGAUGCAUAUAUAUAUUAUAUAUAAAAUCUGUAGUUUCUCAGAGUUCAGCUGAAGGAGAUGGAGUUGUGCAGCCUGGGAGAAAGACUGUGUCCUUGCUAAUGUUUGCCACAAGUGUUAGUAAGUCUUCCCUAUUACCUGUUUCCUUUUGGGAGACUGAAUGAAGCAAAGCUUCUAGUGUUUGUUGUUUCCAUGGCAGCUAAGUGAGGGUCUUGGGGCAAUUCUCUAGUGUUCCUCAAGCCGCACUUUGGGGCUUUCACUGCAGUAUUAGCCCCCUUUUUGCCUGGUGAUGCUCUGUGUGUGACAGUCACUCUUGCACGGCUUCUUUGUCUGGCUUGUGGCAUCUGAGGACAGGAUGCUGGAACCAGAGCAUUUUCAGUUUGUCUGACGUUUUCUUACCAGUUGCAGGUCACUCCCAUUUGUAUGUCUGCUUUCUUGCUGCUUUCCUUGCUUUCUCUUGGGAGAUCAAGGGGUUCUAGCUAAGCCCUAAUUGAGAUGAACUGCAGCUAGCCUAUGGCCUUUUUUUCUCGCAUGACCUUCUUAGAGCGGAGCGAGGUAUGCUUUUUCACUGUUCCAGCCAAAUAUGUGUAUGCAGGCAGCACUUCCUGUAGAUCCAGAAACUGAGAUUCAACAAGACUCUGACUUGCCCAAGGGACUAUUAGCUGCUAGGGGGGAAACAAAGCCAUCUCUGCUUCUAUUGAGCAGCGGGGAUAGGCUGUGAAUCACUAGCACUUUUUUUUUUUUUUUUUUAAGCAAUUACUUUUUGAGUUGUUCCCUAGACUGAAAGGGCAAGAGGCGUACACCUUUCCUAAAUGUAGACUGGAAUCUGCAGCUGCCACUGUGCCACCCACUGUGUAGCUCUGCCUUCCCAGAGUGGAGGGAGGGACUUUGAGAAACCACAUAAUCUCAGCUGAUGACUGCCCACCUGUGGCUUUUCAGGGUAGAAAAUUCAUGCUAGGAAUAACCGUUCAGAGAAACUGAGUUGACAAGAAAGGCUGUAUAACUUCCACGUGUGCAACCAGAGUAGCACAACUUACCCAGCAGCAGGAAAACAACUGUGCAGGAGUUCCUGUGUGUCCAAAGUUCGAAGUGUGUCUGGGCCGUGGAGGUGCAGAGCUGGCUCCCAAGAUGGGAUAGAAAAGAUAAAGCUGGGUAAGGUGUAAUAGGGGAGGAGAGAGGCUGAGGCCUGGGGCUGUAGGGUGCUCUCAGUGGGAGUCCGAGGUGCUCAAGCUUUCGUUGGUAAGGAGGGGCUGCUUGCCAGCCUCUUUAAGAGUCAGGGCCAAAGCAUUGAUUUGUAUGUGACAGCGACACUGCACUACUCAACCACCAGCCAGUCGAGUAUUUUUAAAAAUUAUUCCCCCUUGCAAUCGUAAUUAUUGCUUAUUAAGGAAAAUUUGGGAAUCACUUUGCCUCCCAAAUACUACCAAUGUUAAUCUUUUGGUGUUAAAUGUUCCUCUAGAUAUUUCUGUGCAUAGAUUUUUGUGUGUUUACAUAGUUGUUAUCUGCUGUACAUACAAUUUUAUGUCCCUUUUGUACUUAACAUAUAAACAUUUUUUUUCCAUGUUA